AUGGAUAAGCUUGGAUUUUGGAAUAUAAGAGGUCUAAAUAAAGCUAGCAAGCUCUGUGAUGUCCUAUGGUUUAUUAGACACCAUGGAGUGGGUUUAUUUGGACUUCUUGAAACAAAGGUGAAGGUUGGGAAGUUUGGUGAUGUGUUUAAUAGACUUGGAAGUGACUGGUCUGUAUGUGCUAACUAUCCCUAUCAUAAAGGGGGUAGAAUUUGGGUGGUUUGGUUAUCUCAGUUUUUUGAUGUGAUUGUGGUAAGAUGUGAAGUUCAAUUAAUUCAUGUUUAUGUAGCUCACAAAGCUACUGGUUUGAGCUUUGAUUGUACUAAGGUAUAUGGUUUGAAUACUGCUGGAGCCAGGGUGCAGCUUUGGGAGCAGAUUAUUGAGCUCAGUAAUAAGAUUACAGGCCCUUGGAUUUUGCAAGGUGACUUUAACAGUGUUCUGAAUCUGAAGGACAGAAUAGGGAGCAAUGUGUCCUUAGUUGAGGUUAAGCCUUUUAGAUCUUGUCUAAGGAGUGCUGGUCUCACUGAUUGGGCUACAGGAGGAAUGUUUUACACUUGGAAUAAUAAGCAGGAAGGCAAGGAUAGAGUUUGCUCAAAGAUUGACAGGGUUAUUGUUAAUAAUGAGUGGAUGCUAAAAUUUGCUGAUAUUGAAGUUACUUUUUUCCCUGAGGGGUUAAUGGAUCAUAGCCCUUGUGUGAUUAAUCUGUUUGAUUCUGGUAAUCAUACUAAGAAACCUUUUAGGUUUGUGAAUAUAUGGGUGGAAUCUCCAGAAUUUCUACCUGGGGUUAAGGAUGUUUGGUGUAAAAUGAUCUCUGGUACUCCUAUUUUCCAGUGUGUGAGGAAGCUGAAAGAGGUGAAGCAGUUUUUGAAAGAAUCUAAGAUGGGUAGAUUCUCUUGUGUGGAGGUUGAUGAUGCAAUUGCUGAGAAACACCUUGAAGAUAUCCAGAUAAAGCUGCAAAGUGAUCCUGGUAAUGAAGAAUUAAUAAGUCAAGAAAGAUUGGCUAGGAUACAGUUUUCUAAAACUCACUCUGAUAGAUUUAACUUCUUAAAACAAAAAGCUAAAGUUCAUUGGCUCAAGGAUGGUGAUAUGAACACAACUUUCUUUCACGCUAUGAUCAGGAAGAGAAGACUUCAGAAUAACAUUUACUCUAUUGUAACUGAUGAGGGGGUGGUUAUUUCAGAUCCAGGGCAGGUGUAUGAUGCUUUUCUUUAG